AUGUCACUCGAUUUGUUUUCUGCUUCUGAUUUCAGCAAAGAAGUCGCAAUAUCUCAUUUACCAUUCACUCGUGAUAUUACCGAGAGUGUACCAUUGAAACCAGAUGCUAAUAAAAAUGACAAUUAUUCACCAAUUUUCAGAAACAAAGCCACUGCUAGUCGUUUGAUUCAGCGCAUCCAUCCUGAUUUAGAUACACACCACAAGUUGUUUAAUAAUGCUGCAGAUAUGUUUGGUGAUCGUCCAUGUCUUGGUAAAAGACCUUAUGAUUACAAAAACAAAACUCUGGCUCCAAGAUUUGAUUAUUUCACUUAUUCAGAGGUGAAAACUAAGAAGAACAAUAUUGGUGCUGGGUUCAUCCGCUCAUUGUUAGGAAACCCAUUCCUUGACCCUCAAUUGGAAUCUCACAAGAAGGUGGUUAAUCAUUUACGUGAUUGGCCAACCUAUGGGUUGCAAAAAUCCGGAAGAGAUAAUCAAGAUUUUGAAAUUGAAAAGAAUGCUUCAUUUAUCUUGACUUUAUUUGCUGUUAACCGUUUAGAAUGGGUCUUGACUGAUUUGGCAUGUAGUUCAUAUUCCAUCACCAACACUGCUUUAUAUGACACUUUGGGUUCUGAUGUUUCACAAUAUAUUUUGGGAUUGACUGAAUCCCCUAUUGUCGUCACUACCAACGAUAAAAUCCCAGUGUUGUUAGAUUUGAAAAAAAAUUUCCCUGAACAGACAAAAUCCUUGAUUUCAAUUGUUUCAAUGGAUCCAAUUGAUUUGGUAUCACAAAACUGGUUUGAUCAAGCAAAAGAAUUGAAAAUCACUAUUCAAGACUUGAAUCAAAUUGAAGAGUUAGGUUCUCGCAAUCCAAUCCGUGAAUUGCCACCUAAAAGGGAUGCAUUAUUUACAAUUUCGUUUACUUCGGGAACUACAGGUAGUAAACCAAAGGGAGUUAUGUUAUCCCAAGCUGGUGCCGCUGCUUAUAUUACGUCAUUGACAUGUAUUAAACCUCAUGCUGCUCCUGGUGACAAGGUAUUUAUUUUUUUGCCAUUAACUCAUGUGUAUGAACGUCAAACUAGUGCCUUUGCGUGGUCCACCGGUUAUUACUUGGCAUUCCCACAAGUGACCAUUGGACAAGAAAACGUCAAUGCUUUUUCCAAUAUGCUUGAAGAUUUAAGAAUUUUCAAACCAACCUACAUGUCAAUUGUUCCUCGAUUAUUGACAAGAAUAGAAGCUUUGAUCAAGGGUAAAAUCAAGGAAUUAUCACCAGAAGAACAAGAUAAAGUCAAUCAAAUCAUUGAGUAUAAAAUUAAAGAACAAGCUAAACAUGAUGGUGCCAAAGGGUUGAAUGCAGCUUUUGAUCAAUACCCGCCUUACAAAUUUUUACGAGAAAUUGUUGGGUAUGAUAAUAUCAAAUGGGUUCAAACCGCCUCUGCCCCAAUUGCUCCUUCUACCUUGGUAUAUUUAAAGGCAAGUUUAAAUAUGGGUAUUAGACAACAAUAUGGGUUGACAGAAAGUGGUGCUGCUAUUACCAGUACUGAUGAUUACGAGGCAAAAGCUGGAUCUUGUGGAACUAUUUUACCAACAGGACAAUUGAAAUUACGAAGUGUUAAAGACAUGGGAUACAGUAUCGAUAGAUUAGAAGGUGAAGUAAUGCUUCAAGGACCACAGAUGUUUAAAGGUUACUACUAUAACAAAGAAGAGACUGACAAUUCAAUUGAUGAAGAUGGUUGGUUCCAUUCCGGUGAUAUUGCUCGAAUUGAUCCUAAAACCGGGAGAGUUAGUAUUAUUGAUAGAGUUAAAAAUUUCUUCAAGAUGCAACAAGGAGAAUAUGUCUCUCCUGAGAAAAUUGAAAACAGAUAUUUAUCGUCCAAUCCACAAAUCACCCAAUUGUACGUUCAUGGUAACUCAUUACAAGCUUACUUGGUGGGCAUUGUUGGUGUUGAAUAUGAAAAGGGGUUGAAAUUUCUUAAUGAAGAAUUCGGUUUCAACAAGAUUGAUAUUUCUGAACAUGAAUUAUUAGAAGAUUUAAACAAAGUUGAGAUUAAAAGUAAAUUUUUGGAAAAAAUGAAUCAAAAUGUUCGUGGUAAAUUGAAUGGAUUUGAAAUAUUACAUAAUAUUCAUAUUGAAAUUAAUCCAUUAACCGUGGAAAGAGAAGUAGUUACCCCAACAUUUAAAUUAAGACGUCCAGUUGCUUCAAAAUUCUUUGCUAAUGUUUUCCAUAGAUUAUAUGAAAUUGAACAGAGUUUAUUGCAUCAAGCUAAAUUAAGAACUGCCAAAUUAUAG